AACAAGUCCCGAGAGUUAAAAGCUACAAUCGGCCGCUUCUGCCCUAAAUUACGUAACAGUUUUGCUGCCAAAAAUGGGUCUCAAGAGCAACGAGCUGAAUAUCCGCGAGCUGCCACCUGACCUUCUGGAAAGCGCGAUCAAGAACCUUAACGAGGACCCUAAACGAAGGGCAGCCGACGUGCAAGCCAUCAGGGACUGGCUGAAGAAACAGCCACACAUCAAGGGUGACCUUGACGACCAGACCAUCGUGAACUUCCUCCGAGGGUGCAAGUUCAGCUUGGAAAGGACCAAAGAAAAGCUAGACAUGUAUUUCACGAUUAAAUCGGCGGUGCCCGAGUUUUUCGGCGAGCGGGAUUUCAAGUCGAAGAAGAUGGCAGAAAUUUUAGACUUGGCAUUUUACUUUCCCUUACCGGAACCGGACGAUUUAGGAAGAAGGGUUUGUCUGCUUCGUGCUGGACAAAAUGAUCCAAACUUGAUUAAAAUGGAGGAUGUCUUCAAGGCCAAUUUCAUGAUGAUGGACAUGAUGAUCAGGACCGACGAUCGAGCCGUUAUAAACGGGAUUGUAAAUGUUAUGGACAUGGGCAGUUUGUCAAUGGGCCACGUUUCCCAAAUGACACCGAGUUUUGUAAAGAAGGUUACUGUUUGUUCAGAGGAGGGCUACCCUAUCCGCCCAAAGGGUCAGAACUUCAUCAAUACGCCUACCUUUUUUAAUGUGAUUUACAACAUUUUCAACUCUUUUGUUAAAGAAAAAAUCGCAAAGAGGAAUUUUGUGCAUGGGAAGAACAUGGAAUCACUAUAUGAAAAUGUGCCGCAACGACUUCUGCCUACCGAAUAUGGAGGCAAAGCAGGUUCAAUCGCAGAUAUAAAUAAGGCUUACGUGAAACAGUUGCUUGAGUUCAACGACUGGUACAUAAAAGAUGCUAAAAGUGGCGUGGACGAGAAGAAGCGACCUGGCAAGCCGAAAACCUCGCAAGACAUCUUUGGGCUUGAAGGCUCUUUCCGCCAAUUGAACGUCGAUUAAUUUACUUCAAUCGUCAUUUUAUGUUAUAAGAGAAUAAAUGUUGUGUGAUUGUUGAGGAAA